CGCGUCACGUGACCGCGGCGCCGCCGAUGCCUCAGGCAGCUGCGCUCGCCGGGCGGGGCUCGCGGGUGCGGGUUCGCCUGCCCGGCCGCGCGUCGCGGUUCUCCGGCUGCGCUGCGGCUUCCAGAGCGUCGAGGGCCGCGGGAGAGACGGCUCUCUGCGAGGUGACCAUGGAGGCUGGUGGCCUCCCCCUGGAGCUGUGGCGCAUGAUCUUAGCCUACCUGCACCUUCCCGACCUAGGCCGCUGCAGCCUGGUAUGCAGGGCCUGGUAUGAGCUAAUCCUAAGUCUCGACAGUACUCGCUGGCGGCAGCUAUGCCUGGGCUGCACUGAGUGCCGCCACCCCAACUGGCCCAACCAACCUGAUGUGGAACCUGACUCUUGGAGGGAGGCCUUCAAGCAGCAUUACCUUGCCUCAAAGACAUGGACCAAAAAUGCCCUGGACUUGGAGUCCUCCGUCUGCUUUUCUCUAUUUCGCAGGAAGAGAGAACGGCGUACCCUAAGUGUCGGACCAGGCCAUGAGUUUGAUAGCCUGGGUAGUGCCUUGGCCAUGGCUAGUCUGUAUGACCGAAUUGUGCUAUUCCCAGGUGUGUAUGAAGAACAAGGUGAAAUCAUCCUAAAAGUGCCUGUGGAGAUUGUAGGCCACGGGAAGUUGGGCGAGGUGGCCCUGCUAGCCAGUAUCGAUCAGCACUGCUCAACCACACGCCUGUGCAACCUCAUCUUCAUGCCAGCCUGGUUCUCACCCAUCAUGUACAAGACCACAUCAGGUCAUGUCCAGUUUGACAACUGCAACUUUGAGAAUGGGCACAUCCAGGUCCAUGGCCCAGGCACCUGUCAAGUGAAGUUUUGUACCUUCAAAAACACCCAUGUUUUUCUGCACAACGUGCCCUUGUGUAUCCUGGAAAACUGUGAAUUUGUGGACAGCGAAAACAAUUCUGUGACUGUGGAGGGUCACCCAUCAGCAGAUAAGAACUGGGCCUACAAGUAUCUACUAGGUCUUAUUAGGUCCUUUCCCAGCUUGCUCCCUACAGAGGACUCUGACUUUUUAAUGUCCCUGGACUUAGAGAGCCGGGAUCAGGCCUGGAGUCCCAAGACCUGCGAUAUUGUCAUUGAGGGCAGCCAGAGUCCUACUAUGCCUGCCUCUAGCUCCCCAAAACCAGCCUCCAAGGUGGGAUCGCAGGAGGCAGAGGUGGGCAGUGAUGGGGAAAGGGUGGCCCAGACCCCAGAGAGCAGUGAUGGAGGCCUAAGCCCCAGCGGAGAGGAUGAAGAUGAGGACCAGCUUACAUACAGAUUGUCCUACCAAGUUCAGGGCCCACGCCCUGUCCUGGGGGGUUCGUUUCUGGGCCCACCAUUGCCUGGAGCAUCCAUUCAGCUGCCCAGCUGCCUGGUGCUAAACUCACUGCAGCAGGAGCUGCAGAAGGACAAGGAGGCCAUGGCACUGGCCAGCUCUGUGCAGGGCUGCCUGAUCCGCAAGUGCCUCUUCCGGGACGGGAAAGGAGGUGUCUUUGUCUGUUCUUAUGGCCGAGCCAAGAUGGAAGGAAACAUCUUCCGGAACUUGACUUAUGCAGUGCGAUGCAUACAUAAUAGCAAGAUUGUCAUGCUCAGGAAUGACAUCUACCGCUGCCGGGCAUCAGGCAUCUUUCUUCGCUUGGAGGGUGGAGGCUUGAUUGCUGGCAACAACAUCUACCAUAAUGCAGAGGCUGGCAUAGACAUCCGGAAGAAGUCCAACCCACUCAUCCUGUGUAACCAGAUCCACCAUGGCCUUCGUUCUGGCAUUGUUGUCCUUGGCAAUGGGAAAGGCAUCAUCAGGAACAACCAAAUCUUUUCAAAUAAGGAAGCUGGCAUUUAUAUCCUGUAUCAUGGAAAUCCAAUAGUGAGUGGGAACCACAUCUUCAAGGGACGCGCAGCUGGCAUAGCUGUGAAUGAGAAUGGCAAGGGUCUCAUCACAGAAAAUGUCAUCCGUGAAAAUCAGUGGGGAGGCGUGGACAUCCGCCGUGGAGGGAUCCCUGUUCUCAGGAGCAACCUCAUCUGCUUUGGCUACUCAGAUGGUGUGGUUGUGGGAGAUGAAGGCAAAGGACUGAUAGAAGGAAAUACCAUCUAUGCUAACAAGGGCUGUGGUGUGUGGAUGAUGUCAUCCAGUCUGCCCCACGUCACCAGCAACCAUGUGAGCUACAAUGGCCUGUAUGGAGUGGCAGUAUUUAGCCAAAAGGAUGGCUCUAGUGAGUUCCCUGGAGGCCAUGGGGCCCAGGAGAACUUCAGUGAGGAUGGGGACGCCAUCCUCUGGGAGACAGAACUGGAGAAGGAGGAUGACCCACUGCGCCGGCCUAUCACCAUAGCUCUUGUAGAGUCUAACAGUAUUAAUCACAAUGGAGCCUCCGGACUGUAUGUCCAGAGCAGCGAGGCCCUGCACAUCAUCACCAAUGUGAUCCACGCCAAUGGAGACAGAGGCAUCACUGUAGCCCAGAGCAGCCAGCUCACUCGUGUGACCAACAACAGCAUCUCCUGCAACCGCCAGAGUGGGGUCAAGGUUGAGGCCCAGUGUAAGGUGGAGCUCCGGGGCAAUGGUAUCUACGACAACAGAGGCCAUGGUAUCAUUACCAGAGGUGACAGCACUAUUGUCAUUGAAAAUGACAUCAUUGGCAACCGGGGCAGUGGACUGCAGUUGCUGCCCAGGUCUGACACUAAGGUAAUAAAGAACCGGAUCCACUCAUUCCGGGCCUACGGCAUUGCAGUGCGGGGCCACGCCAAGGCCCUGGUGCAGGAGAACAUCAUCUUCCAGGGCAAGACUAACAAGACCAUCUUUCAGCAGAUCUCAAACAACAGAGACUGCAUUAUGCAGAACAACAAGUUCCUGGUCUUCAAGAAAAAGUCUGAUACGUGGCGCCUGGUGAACCCACCAGCACGGCCUCAUCUUGAAAAUUCUCUCAGGGGCCCAUCUGCAGCCCACAGUGGGCAGAAAGUAACAGCCAUGGCAACCAGGAUCACAGCUCGUGUGGAAGGUGGUUACCACAGCAACCGUAGCAUCUUCUGCACCAUCCUGUAAGGAUACAGACCUGCCUCAGAAGAGCUAAGGGGCAAAGGCCCUCAGGAUGAACACAGUGCCUGAGAAGACUCCUAGUCCCUCACUCUUGGAAAAACAGGUCCCAGGCCUCCUGGGGACUCAGAACAAGGUACCUCUAAAGUUUCAGCUCCACAACCCUCAGCAGGAACUUAAAACCUGUUUCAAAGAGAAAAGGGCAUCAAAAUUGAGGGGCUUCUAGUCAUUCUAACGAUGGUAGAUUAUAAAGAACUGGGAAAACUGAAACAGUAUAUGAAACUUUGGGGCCAGGAUUCUUUCAGAAUUACAGGGAACCUCAUUUAACACAUACCAAACCCUGACUCUUCUCAGGAAAGACAUUUGCUUCUAAGGAAGGGAAGUGAUUGAGGUAGAGAUAACUGCCCCAGAAUCGGCCUCUUAUUUGGGUGGUCCUGGCCCUGCCUCGAUCCAGGGACUGUACCAUGCUUCAGUUGGUUUUCUUAAGGACACAGUUUUCAUAGAAUGGGACAUAGUCCUGUGAGGAAGGGGAAAGGCUGUCCCAGGGAGGACAAGGAGGGCGAUGUGGCAAAUGGCUUCCUUCAGGCACCAGGCAGGUGCAUGGCUGGGUAGUUCAGAGAUGCAUGAAGCUCAGCUGUAGUCAAGGAGCUCCUGAGCUCAGUGACACAUUAGUUUGGUGCCUGCCAUAAGAUUCAGAGUUCAUAUGAGCACACCCACACCAGCUACCCGCCAGCUCCAGCCUAUCCAAAUGGAGGUGCCUGGGCUCUCAAUGUGUCCACAUCCUCAUGGGUGAUGUCCUGACUUUACUGACCCUAUGUCUCCCACUGUGCCUUGGCUCAAGCUUUCCUUACUGGCUGACUUUUCUCCACCAUAUCUAUGUGCUGGCCCCACUCAUUCUUCAAAGUUUAGCUUAUAUACUGCCAUCUCUACAUGGCUGACCCCUCACUCCAGAUGACAGUGCUGUCCCCCUGAGCCUCAAUCACCCUUCCUCUGCUCCCUCAGGGCACUGAGCACUUUCUGCCUUGUUUUCAAACUAUCUGGGGAUCUAUACCUUGUCCCACCCACCUACCUGUGAACUCUCUGUCAAUGUUACUGUUCUUGUACCCAGGUCCCAGCCCACAGCUAGGAUGGGUAGGUAGGAUCAGUGGCCUCAGUCAGGAGAGAAAAGCCAGCUCCCACAGGGUUUUACCUACCUGCACUGUGAAUGUAUCAGGGUUGCAGAGCCAGGUGGGCUGGGACCCUACUGCCUGAGGAGUGCGGGCUGGGCGCAAGGCCAGUCCAGCCUGAAUGACCUCCCUCCCACUUGGCCUUUCAUGCGGGGCCUUCACCAGCCUGCUGGGGAUCACUGUCCUGCAUUUGGCCAGGCGGCUUCCCAGGCUGGUUUUGUAAGUCCCUAGGUGCUGCUCCGCUGGGUGGGUGGGAGGGAGACAGAGGAAGUGAGCUCUGGCUUCUCUGAGUACCUUAGACACAAGUGUUGGCCCUUCCCAUCCCCAGCACUGACCUUUGCACUUCUGUUUGGUGGCCUCAUU